AUGCCGUUGCAUAGAAUCUUGAAAAUCAAGAAGAAGCUCGCAAAGAAGAUGAGGCAGAACAAGCCCGUCCCUCUUUGGAUCCACAUGAGGACUGAUAACACCAUCAGGCACAAUGCGAAACGCAGGCACUGGCAACGCACAAAGCUAGGGUUUAAGGUGUUGUGA